ACGAAAUGGGACCUAAAAUCUCGAGAAUAGAGUGAAGUACAGCCUCCCAACUGGCAUCUAUGUAUCUUUCCCCAACGGCCCUGUGAUCUGCGGCCGUUACCGUUUCAUUAGUAUUCGGUUGUUAGUUAAAAACCCUUUUCUGGUCCAUACAAGUUUUACGUGUAAAUCCCUCGAUCUGUUCUGCGUCGCCGGAGAUCAUGCCGUUCUGCUCCGAUCAGCCGCCGUUUCAUCCAUUCAAGAAUAUGCUGUUUGCUUCCCUGACUUUGUUCUCAGCACUUGCAACACAAGGUGAUGGGUCAAGUUAUUGCUUGCAAGGUUCAAAGACACAUAAUAACAAGCAGAAGAUCAAUUGCUUAAAUAUAUCUUCUUCCCCUUCCACUCUUCAUGACUUAUCUACCAACAGCAGCAGCAUGUCAUCGUCGUCCUCAUUUUCUAUCGAAAAUCCUUUCACCCUUCCAUCUUCUUUGCCCUCAUGGCCUCCAGGUGGUGGUUUUGCAAGUGGAAACAUUGACCUUGGAGGGUUAUUAGUGUCUCAAGUAUCAUCAUUCACAAAGGUGUGGGCUACUCCUAAUGGCGGGCCUGACAAUAGCGGGGCCACUUUCUUUGAACCAUCAUCGCUGCCCGAUGGAUUCUUUAUGCUUGGAUCAUAUGCACAGGCCAACAACGUGCCACUUUUCGGAAGUGUUCUUGUAGGGAAAGAUGUCAUGGGUGGUGCUCUGAGGAAGCCAACUGACUAUAGCCUCGUUUGGAGUAGUGAGAAUCACAAGGAAAUAACUCCUGCAGGCUACAUUUGGCUCCCAGUUUGUCCAGAUGGAUAUGAGGCAGUGGGCUACCUCUUGACAACCACACCUCAGAAGCCUCCCCUUGACAAAAUCAGGUGUGUUUGCUCUAAUUUCACCGAUGCAUCCGAAACCAACGAAUGGAUUUGGGGUGCUGAUGGCGUAAACGUAUAUAGUUCUAGACCGCAAGCACGGGGGAUCCAAGCUCCCGGGGUCCCUACGGGGUCAUUCUCUCUUUGGACCGAUUCCAAUUCUUCCUCACUGUCCCAACCAGCUUGCUUGAGAAACAGAAACCAAAAUUUCUCAUCUGCAAUGCCAAACCUGGCCCAAAUUAAGGCAUUGAUGGAAGACUACUCUCCUGUAAUUUUCUUUCACCCGGACGAAGCAUUCUUUCCUUCUUCGGUCGAAUGGUUUUUCGAAAACGGGGCUUUGCUAUACACCAAAGGAAAGGAAUCAGAACCAGUUGGUAUCGACCCGAACGGAGCAAACCUUCCACAAGGUGGCUCAAACGAUGGCUCUUACUGGCUGGACCUCCCAACAGGAGAUGCAGAUAAAGAAAAACUGAAAAAAGGGAACAUACAAAAUGCAUCAGCCUAUAUACACGUCAAGCCGAUGUUCGCCGGGACAUUCACAGACAUAGCCGUGUGGCUGUUCUACCCCUUCAAUGGAGCUGCCAUUGCCAAGGUCGAGUUCUUGACGAUCCCCCUAGGGAAAAUAGGAGAGCACGUGGGAGAUUGGGAGCAUGUGACCUUAAGGAUCAGCAACUUUAACGGAGCCCUAACAAGCGUCUACUUCUCGCAGCACGCACGGGGUGUUUGGGAAAGCGCUUCUCAGCUCGAGUUUAAAGAAGGCACCAACAAACACGUGGUUUAUUCAUCCAAAGACGGCCAUGCAGCGUACCCAAAGCCAGGGGAGAACUUGCAAGGGAGUGGUGACAUAGGGAUAAGAAAUGAUACCGAUAGCGGUGGUUCGGAUAUGGACACUGGAUUAAGUUUCACAGUGGUUGCAGGAGAGGGUUUGGGUGGUAAGGACGUUAUAACGGAGCCGUUGUGGUUGAAUUAUGCCAGGGAGUGGGGACCCAAGAUAAGCUAUGACAUUGGCAAAGAGUUGAAGAAGUUGGAGAGGUUCUUGCCUGGGAAGCUGAAAUCUGAACUUGAGAGAAUAGUGAGAGGUCUUCCGAGUGAAGUUUUGGGUGAGGAAGGACCAGUUGGCCCAAAGUGGAAAGACAACUGGAGUGGGGAUGAAAGGUCCUCAACCUGAUCCAAACCAUAUUACUGGAAGAUAUAUACUCACUUCAUAAUAUGUAUACACAUAGAGGCCAGUUUAUACAUCUAUUUGUAUUCCACACAAAUAAUUGUGAAUAGCCAAAUGUUUCGAAUGGAAGUAGAUUGGUGAAUGGAAAGGUCAUGCUUCACACAGAGAAUACACACUAUACAUAGAUUAUUGAAAAACAUUGAUAGUGAAAUUUUGAAAUCU